CACCCUCCUCUGCUCCUUCAUCUCACCCCCCCUCACGGCUCUUUUAUUAUCCUUCCAGCAUCUCUGAUUUUAGUCUCCGCCUACUCAGAGCAAAUAGCCUCCUCUUUCGUCUCACCUCCUCUGUCCCGAAACAGUUUUCUCAGCUUUGUGUUCACCACAAUGCACGCGUUCUGCAUCUGUGGACUCCUGCUCGCCGCGGCGGGAUGGACAACAGCCCAGCAGGUCAACCAAACCAGGCCGAUAUUCCUCUGUGGAGGAGACCUGGUUGCAGAGUCCGGUUUUGUCGGCAGCGAAGGUUUCCCGAGCUCCUACAAAGCCAACAGCCGAUGCACCUGGCGCAUCACCGUCCCCGAGGGAAAAGUGGUCACCCUCAACUUCCGCCUUUUUGACCUGGAGGCCGACUCACAGUGCCGCUACGACUAUCUGGAUGUGUACAGCGACCACUCUGCUGUGGGGAAGAAGCUCGGCCGUUUCUGUGGAACCUUCCGGCCCGGGAAUCUCAUUUCCUCCUCCAACGCCAUGAUGCUGGAGAUGGUGACGGAUGGGGAGACGCAGAGCUCAGGAUUUGUGGCCUUUUUCAAAGCAACCCAACCCUAUGAAUCCCAGAUCUGCGGUGGAAAGAUGACAAAAAGCCAGGGAGAGAUCAAGACGCCGAACUGGCCUGACGGGAAGUACCCUCUCGGGGUCAGCUGCUCUUGGCUCAUCACUGUGGGACCGGAUGAGGUGAUCCAGGUGAAGUUUGAUAAGUUUGUGGUGGAGGCCGACACCGAGUGUCGCUUUGACUUUGUGGCGUUCUUCAACGGCAAAGAGACAGACGAUUCACGUCUGAUUGGGAAGUUCUGCGGCGAUCAAACCCCAGAACCCAUCGUCACCAGCAGCAACGAGCUGCUGGUCCAGUUUGUGUCUGACUACAGCGUCCCAUUGGACGGCUUCCUCGCCUCCUACACCAGCCUCCCUCGUGGCUCUCAGCCACCGGCGGUGGGCUCCGGAGCCAGAUCUGUCCCCCCAGAACCUGUGGUCAAACCUGUAGCCACGGUAAAACCCCCAAUUCCCACCACCACUGCCCCACUUCCCCCCACGAAGCCACCAAGAAGGAAUAAUCCUAGAACCAGAGGCGAAAACCAGAGGGUGACCCCCUCCCGGCCAAACGGAAAUAAGCCGAAUCCCCAGAACCCUGUGUGUCCCAAAAUCUGCAAAAGAAACGGGACCGUGAAGACCGGCUUCUGCUCCAGCGAAUUCGUCAUAACCGGUCAGGUGACCUCCAUGGCUCCUGGGCCCAGAGGAACUCUGGUCGUCAACAUCUCCCUCAUCAAAGCCUUUAAAGCCGGACGACUUACCAUUACGCAAGCGGGAGAAACCAUGGCGGUGAAGCUGGUGUCCCGGUGCAAGAAAUGUCCCCUGUUUCGCCGCGGCUCCAACUACAUCAUCAUGGGUCAGGUGGACGAGGAGGGGCGCGGUACCCUGGAACCUGGUGCCUUCACCGCUCCAUACAAAGCCCCUCACCAGAAAUUACUGAUGAACAUCAGUAAGCAGCCAUGUUAAGGCUCACCUUGAAACACUUUACUCUUAUUUUAAUUUUUUUUCACAUACAGUUUUAAAUUAACUGUUUUAUACAAGCUUUGGUCAAACUUUGUGUUUGCUAUUUAUACCUGAAUAAAGACUAUUUUAUAAUCACUUUGACAAA